UAUCCACGAGAAUCUGCUGGUGCAGCUAGGCGUACCAGCCCCUUGCACCGCCUGCGCACGCCUAAACCAGGCGUGAAUUUGAUUAGUGAUCAAGCCUUGUUUUCUUUUCUAAAUCCCAGGAAGUCCACAGAACAUCAGUGCCAGGUCCUCGCUUUCACGACAGAGGUCUCCUUUUCCAGCUCUUCAAUUUUCUUUCCUACAAUCUCCGCUUUGAAAAAUGUCCGCGACGCAGAUCUUCAAUGAGGGAGCGACCCAGGAGCGGGCCGAGAAUGCGCGUCUCAGCAACAUCAUUGGUGCCAUCGCAGUCGGCGAUUUGGUGAAGAGCACUCUUGGCCCCAAGGGCAUGGACAAGAUCCUGCAGUCGUCGACCCGGGGCGGCGACGACGGCCUUGUGGUGACAAACGACGGGGCCACGAUCCUCAAAUCGAUUCCGCUCGACAACGCAGCAGCCAAGGUCCUGGUCAACAUUUCAAAGGUGCAAGACGACGAGGUUGGUGAUGGCACCACAUCGGUGUGCGUUUUGGCAGCAGAGAUCCUGCGGCAGGCUGAGCAGCUGCUGGACCAGCGGAUCCACCCGCAGACUAUCAUCGAUGGGUUCCGCCUGGCGACAAGCAGCGCGCGCACGGCUCUAGAGAACGCAGCGGUUUCGCACAAGGACAACGCCGAGCAGUGGCGCGAAGACCUGCUGUGCAUUGCCCGCACCACGCUCAGCUCCAAGGUGCUAGCGUCGGAUAAGGACAUGUUUGCCGAGAUGUGCGUGGACGCCGUGCUGCGCCUGCAGGGCAGCACCAACCUGGACCGGAUCCAGAUCAUCAAGAAGGCGGGAGGUAAGGUGUCGGACUCGUAUCUGUCGGAUGGUUUCAUUCUGAACAAGAAGAUCGGCGUCAACCAGCCGCGCACCAUCAAGGGAGCACGCAUCCUGGUGGCCAAUACGCCUAUGGAUACCGACAAGGUCAAGGUGUUUGGCGCCCACAUCAAGGUGUCGGACACCGCACAGCUUGCAGAGCUGGAGCGCGCUGAGCGCGAGAAGAUGCGCGCCAAGGUGCAGAAGAUUGCGGCCCUCGGUAUCAACGUGUUUGUCAACCGCCAGCUGAUUUACAACUGGCCCGAGCAGCUGUUUGCCGACGCCGGUAUCAUGGCCAUUGAGCACGCCGACUUUGACGGCGUCGAGCGCCUGGCGCUGGUUACAGGCGGCGAGAUCGCGUCGUCGUUUGAUUCUCCGGAGCUGCUCAAGCUCGGAUCGUGCGAGACUGUCGAGGAGAUCAUCAUUGGUGAGGACCGUAUGGUCAAGUUCAGCGGUGUGGCGGCUGGCCAGGCAUGUACCAUUGUGCUGCGCGGUGGCACCCAGCAGAUGCUGGACGAGGCCGAGCGCUCGAUCCACGACGCCAUUGCCGUCCUGAGUCAGACGGUGGCCGAGCCCCGGAUCGUCUACGGUGGAGGCUGCUCCGAGACGCUGAUGAGCAAGGCUGUUGAUGAGGCUGCCAAGACUGUCGCUGGCAAGAAGUCGAUCGCCAUGGAGGCCUUUGCGCGUGCCCUGCGCCAGAUGCCCACGAUCCUGGCUGACAACGCUGGUCUUGACAGCGCCGAUCUGGUUGCCAAGCUGCGUGCCGCCCACUAUGACGGCAAGAACACCGCUGGUCUGGACCUGUACAACGGUGAGGUCAUUGACGUCAAGGGCAAGGUCACUGAGAGCUUCAAGCUCAAGCGCCAGGUGCUGCUCAGCGCAUCGGAGGCCGCCGAGAUGAUCCUGCGCGUCGAUGACAUUAUUCGCUGCGCGCCGAGACAGAGGAGGAACUAGAUGGGUGAAGCUAUGCAAGACGGUGCCUGCUCUCAUUUAUAAUAUCCC